AUGAAAGAUUGGUUAAAUUUCUUUGGUUGGGUAUUUCUCCCUAAUUUAAUUACAAAUUGGAUUCAAAGUACAUAUUAUAGAAUAGUGUAUCCAGCUGGAGCGAAUAUACCAAAACGUGGACAACCAAAAUAUGCAUUACAUCGCAAAAGAAUUUACAUAUUUGUCGUAUUGGCCUAUUUAUUUUAUACAAUUGUUGAAGUAAUUUAUUCCUUACCGCCAAAUUAUUAUAAUACGCUUGAGGUUAAUCAAGAUUUCACCAUUAAAGAACUUAAAACAAAUUUGAGAAAACUUCAACUAAUAUAUCAUCCCGAUCGAAAUUCAGGAAAACAUACCGAGGCGGAUUUUAUAUAUUUGCGUACUGCCUUUAACACACUAAAUAAUCCUACAAAGCGAUUUGCGUAUGAUAGUACAUGGAAUCAAUGUAAAACUAUUCGAGAUUACCUUUCAGUUGGAAGAAAUAAUUUUUUAGGAUUUUAUUUAGGAACGGGACUCCUUUUAAUUAUCAUAAACAUAUUAGGAAAAGGAGAAUUUGGGAAAUAUUGGAGAUUUGUGGUAUUUUUUGGUAUGGCAUGUAUUGAGGGUUCAUUAAUUUUAUAUCCAAAACCUUCAGCUUUUGUAACGUAUAUAACGAGAAAUUAUGUAAUCUUUGAAAAGAUUACAAUAUUUCGACAACUAUUUAUUUCACUCUUUAUUGCACUUUCACAAGUUGGACCUGUAUUAUUUCCUCCGCAAAAAGCAGAAAAUUUACGUCCAGUUCUACAACACCUUGAAAUUUUAAGUAAUGUUGCCCAUGAAGAUGUUUUAAGUCAACUCAAAUUAGGAUUUUAUCCUUUUCGAAAUGAUCAAAAUGCUCAAGUUGAAUUAAAAAGAAAAAUGGAAAAAUUGAUGGUGGAUAAUUAUUUACGUCAAAGGGAUCCUGAAUUUAGUCAAAUUCAUCAACGUAUCAUAUCUAGUCGUGAAAAAAACAAAUGA